UGGAUCCCAGAGGCCAUGCAUUUUUAUUUUGAUUAUAUUCCGAAAUACGUCGAUUACAUGCAACAAUGCGGAUUUCCUGAUGCGGAAGUCAUUGAGGACGCUUGGCUCACCAUGGUCUUCCGUGCUUUUUGUUGGCAUCGGUGUCACGACAUUGUCGAAGGUUCGAUCCAUAUCCCUUCACGCUUCUACGGUAGCCAGCAACCGGUAUUCAUUGGUUAAGCAUAACCAAAGCAUGAUAUCGAACUACUUACAGAAUGCAUCGACAUGUCUUGCAUCAUAUUGCAUGAUACAUACCUUUACGAAGUCACGGCUCAAUAUACAACUUUUGUUUACACAGUUGAUCAUUGGAUGGAAACUGUAUCUUUGCCCUGUUUUCUAGUCCUCACUUGCUGCCUUAGCUUUUAUAUGCACAUAUCUUGCAUCGGAUUGUUCACUGUUUCGAGACAUACUAGGCACAUAUCUGAACCGGUUGCAAUUUAAUUUCUAGGAGUUGAUAGUGAGAUUUAAAGCAAGAACGUUGACUUAUCUACAAGUUUUGAUUGUUGAAGGUUUGGUUAUUACUUGUAAUUGGAGUUUAGAAGGGUUAAGGUUGCAUGGACCAUAGUCACGGCG